AUGGCAUUCAAGAGCGGGUCGUUCGCGACCUUCCUAAUCCUAUGCCCGACAUGUUUCUUCCUGGGCAUUAUCUUCUCCAUGUUCCCCUAUGACUACCCAAUCCUAUGGUCAACCACGCCCACCCCAGAAGCCCACUUCGACUACUUCGAAGCCCACCUCCGCUUCCUCCACGCCUCACCCCCCCUCAUCCCCCGCAUCCUCCACAUCGUAAUCUUCCUCGGUCUCGCCGGCCUAAUCACCAAGCUCUACCGCCCCUCCGAAUCAAACAUGCUCUUCGACGGCGCCUCGCUCGUCCUCUACAUGUGCGGUAUCACCGUGUACAUCGCCAACAUCGUCAAGGGUCUGCGUCUCGCGUCUGCGGGCCAGUACGGCGCCGAACUCGCUACAACACCCGAGGAUAAGGAGCAGAUUCUCGGCCGCGAGGAUUCGCUGAAGGUUCUGGCUGCUAGUAAUACUAUUCUGGCGCUGGUUUUGGUGGGUGUUUUGGUGUUGCAGGCUGGUCAGUGGUAUGCUGAGCGGAAGGAUGCGCAGGAGUAUGAGUCGCUUGCGGAGGGGAAGAAGAAGGAUGAGGGUGAGGCUGUUGCCGCGUCUGCGACUGCUUCGGGGGCUUCGUCUGGUAAGCCUGGUCGUCAGGCUAGUCAGCGCAAGAAGAACUAG